AUGCGGUAUUAUGAGCUAGCGAUGAAGAUACAGAUCUUCAUUAUGCAGGACCUCUUUCUGAGCGCGAGCCAGUCUCUCACCCGGAGCGAGUGGCAAAAGAAACUGACUCCAGAGCGGUUCUACGUCACGAGGCGAAAGGGAACCGACCCGCCUUUCAGUGGGAUCUACCUGAAUAACAAGGAAUCAGGAACGUAUCACUGCGUGUGCUGGGACAACCCACUCUUCAGUUGCCGCGUGGCCAAUGUCUUACCCGGUUCCGAGAAAAAGUACUGCUCCGGCACCGGACGGCCUUCGUUUUCUGAGGCUCACGGGACGUCUGGUUCCGAUGAAAGGGACGCGGGGAUCCUGAGAGGCGUGGACACCUCGUUAGGAUUAACUCGCACCAAGGUUGUCUGCAAGCAGUGUGGAGCCCGUCUUGGCCGCGUGCUUCCUGAUGGACGUGGGCCUAGUGGGCAGAGGUUUUGCAUCAACAGUGUGGCACUGAAGUUCAAACCAAGGAAAUACUGA